GCGUCUUAUGCUCCUUUCAGAGAUCGAUACAUACAUAUAGAGACGAUAGAUUAACCUAUACGCACACCAUCUGUAUACAUGUCAGAGAAACCGACCAAGAAAAGAUCGACAAACCCUUCUGGAUUUGGGCUCUACGGAUAAGUAUACACACAUACAGAAUUCUGUAUCUAUUAUCCCUCCAUAAACCCUUUAAGCUUCUCUCUCAAAUUUGCCUGAUUUUGCCUCAAUUUUGCUUCGGAGUUCACCGGCAUAUCUUUAUUAUAUCACAUUCGGAAACCCCCUUUCUGUGCGAUUUUUGGGAAAUUGACUGAUUUGUCGGAGGGUUUUUGCGUUACCUUAUAUAAUACGGUACUUCCAUAUCUGUGUAUUUUUCGUUGAAUGGGCGAUCUUGCUAUGGACGAGGAUCGCCCGUUUACGCCGUCUUUUGCUUUGUGUAACCCGGAUCCAAAUUCGAUUCGGACCGAGACGUGGGUCUUAGCUGAAGACCCGGUUCGGGACGUGUUGAAUUGCAUACACCCUACUUUGGAUUCUGAUGAGAAGAGGAAAGACGUGAUUGAACACGUGCAGAUGCUCAUCAGAUGCAAUCUCCGAUUAGAGAUUUUUCUUCUUCUGGAUUGAAGAAAAUGAGUCAUUAUGUGAUGUUGGAAUUGAUAACUUCUUUAAAGGUUUUCCCAUAUGGUUCAGUGCCACUCAAGACCUAUCUCCCUGAUGGAGACAUUGAUCUAACGGUCCUUAGUACUCCUAAUGUGGAUGAGCUUUUGCCUCGUGAAGUUCUUCGUGUUCUUCAGGAAGAAGAGCAGAAUGGAAAUAGUGAAUAUGAAGUGAAGGAUACCCAAUUCAUCGAUGCUGAGGUAAAGCUUGUGAAAUGCCUUGUCCAAGAUAUCGUCAUAGAUAUAUCAUUUAAUCAGUUGGGUGGACUUUGUACACUUUGUUUUCUUGAACAGGUCGACCGCCUUGUUGGCAAAGAUCAUCUAUUCAAACGCAGCAUUAUUCUGAUAAAAGCAUGGUGCUACUACGAAAGCCGUGUACUUGGUGCUCAUCAUGGCUUGAUAUCUACUUACGCGUUGGAAACUUUAGUCCUCUACAUUUUUCAUGUUUUCCAUGCAUCUUUAAAUGGACCAUUACAGGUUCUCUACAGAUUUUUGGAUUAUUAUAGCAAAUUUGAUUGGGAUAACUACAUCAUUAGUUUGGAUGGUCCGGUGUCCAAAUCUUCCCUGCCUAAUUUAGCUGCGGAAAUCCCAGAAAAUCAAGGAACCGAUGUUUUGCUAAGUGGCGAAUUUCGGAGGAACUGUAUGGACAUGUUCAUAGUCCCGUCUAAGGGACUCGAGACAGAUCUGCGAGCUUUUGCUCAGAAGCAUCUCAAUAUAAUCGAUCCGUUGAAAGAAAAUAACAAUCUUGGGCGAAGCGUGCACAAAGGAAAUUAUUUUCGGAUACGGAGUGCACUUAGAUUAGGGGCUCGGAAGCUUGGUCGAAUUAUGCAAAUGCCAAGCAGCAAUAUUGGAGACGAGAUCAAGAAGUUCUUUAUGAAUACUUUACAGAGGCAUAAACCUAAAUACGGGCCCGAUACCGCCUUAAUAUACGGUUCUAAAGGCUUUGGCACUUUGUCCAUAUCGUCUCUUAGUGAAGCCUACUAUGAGGAUGAUAUGUAUUCACGGUUCUCAAAUGGCGAUUUUGAUGACUAUCUGAACGAUGUAUCCACCGUGGGUUCGAUAGAGGCAAACAACGUUCCGACAUUUCAAUCUUCGAGUUUGAGAAAUGGUAGCGAUAAGUUUGAUUCUUCGCCCAAAAGUGGUCAACUUGGUCGUUCUCAUUCUGGGCGAUAUGACCAAAAUGCCCCUCCAUCAGAUUCUGUUGAUGAGAAGACUGGUCUUGAGCUAUGGAUGGAACGAGGAGGGUCUCAGUUAGUGGAUGGAGAUACGAUUUGUGUAUGUCUUAAUAAGAACGAGAAUGAGAACGCCUCUGAUAGUUUGUCGUCUGAUGUUAAAGAGCGGGAUGCAACAGAUAGUAUUGGGGAAACGGAAAUCUUGAAUCCAUUUUCAGAUCUCACUGGAGACUACGAUAGUCACAUAAGGAAUCUGCUAUACAGCCAAGGUUGCCAUGGUUAUGCAUUGUCUGCAGCCAUGGUUUGCACCAGUCCUCCUACGUCACCUUAUGGGAAUAAUAAUCUAUGGGACGCUGCUGCUCUUUCGUGGUCGGUUCCCUUUUCGUCUUCACAAGUGAAUGCAAAUGGUGUACCGAUGGGUCGGCCGACAUAUCUCAACGGCGGCACCAAUCGCACUCCGACCAAUGCCGCUUUGCGUGGGACUGGGCCGUACAUCCCUAUUAUGAACUGCACUACAUGCAAGGAAAGACCAGCUACAAGGGGGAGAGGAAGGAACCAAAUGGUACCAGUUUCUAACGGUCAUCUGCAGCGAGCUCGUGGUGAACCAAAAUUGGUGGGGGAACCAGCUAACCAUGCACAUGAACGGUCUCCAAGACAAAUCCGCACCAACUCUGAGCCGCAGCGUAGCCUAGUUAACUCAACUGCCAACAGUUUGGCAAACCAACCAAGGAAACUCGAGUUUGGAUCUUUUGCAGGGACCCCAUCCAUUACAGAUUAUGCGCAAAGUCCUAAAUUUGACGGAAAACAGGGCAGAUGUUUUCAUUCAUGGCUGAAUGGUUUUUUCUGCCUCUUUCACUUGCUUUUACCGCCGGGUUUUUCGUUCCGAAAGAGUUCGUUUUCGUUACCUUUUGUUUUGCGAGUUUGAAAAUAGAUUUUGGUAUUUAUCCGAGUGGGAUAUACUGGGUAUGUUUCGUUGAAAGACGGUUUGGAUCUUGGGGUUAGAUAGCGUAAGGGGUUUCUUUUGCAGUUGUGGUACUUGUGCAUUACAAAUUGUAUUUUAGGGGUUAUUUGGUUGGUCUUGCAUUAAGUUUUGUACAUAUAAAGUUGGUUGGUGGAUUAAUCUGUCUGUAUA